AACAAUUAUUUUAAUAAUUUUUCGGUCUUGUACUGAUUUUGAUUAAUUUCUAAAAAAUAAAAUCAAAGGGAGUCCAAAUUAUGUCACUUUAGUUGUGAAUGCGAGGUGUGGUAGAACAAGAACUGAUAAGACAGGCACGACUGUUAUACUAAAUGUUCUCUGUUUUAUUAUACAUUUACAAAAGGGCAGAAAUGCUAACCUAAAAACUAACCUAUCCAACUUAACCUUCCCUGUUAAAAUAUUACGAGGUUUUGUUCUUUUAAUUUGUAGUAAACGAACAAAAUGAGAUACGCUCAACUUGUAAUGGGACCCGCCGGUAGCGGAAAGUCUACGUAUUGUUCUGCUAUGCAACAACAUGCAGCUGACGAAAGAAAAGUAAUAGAUGUAGUAAAUUUAGAUCCAGCGGCAGAAUAUUUUGAUUACGAACCUCUAGUUGACAUAAGAGAAUUGAUUCAAUUAGAUGAUGUCAUGGAAGAUGAUGAAUUACGAUUUGGACCUAACGGUGGUCUCGUAUUUUGUAUGGAAUACUUGAUAGAAAACUCAUCUUGGUUGGAAGAAAAACUAGGCGAUGUAGAUGACGACUAUAUAAUUUUCGAUUGUCCAGGCCAGAUAGAAUUAUAUUCACAUAUGACAGUCAUUCGUCAAUUAAUAACAAUGUUACAAAAUCUGAAUUUUCGUAUUUGUGGAAUCUUUUUGGUAGAUAGUCAAUUUAUGAUCGAUGGAUCGAAGUUUUUAUCAGGCACAAUGGCCGCGCUUAGCGUGAUGAUUAAUUUAGAAUUACCACAUAUUAAUAUCCUUAGUAAAAUGGAUUUAUUAUCCAAAAAUGCGAGAAAACAAUUAGAUAAGUACUUAGAACCUGAUCCACACAGCUUAUUAGCAGAUAUGGAAAAAGAUUCUUGGAAUGAAAAGUAUCGGAAUCUUACUGAAGCUAUAGGUAGACUUAUAGAAGAUUACAGCUUAGUACGUUUUUAUCCGUUAAAUAUAAAAAAUGAAGAAAGUAUGGCAGAUAUUAAAUUAACAAUCGAUAAUAUAAUUCAAUACGGAGAGGACGAUGAUGUUAAAAUCAGAGAUUUUGAUGAACCUACUGAAGAUGACGAUAAAGAUAUGAAUUAUGAUAUAAAUACAUGAAAAUAAUUUUAGAUAAUAAAGUAUUUUUUCUAACAA